GUGGGCGUGCCGUGCGCUGACUCGCGGACCGCCGCACAGUCGCACAGUCGCUCCAGUUGAUCUCAAUCAUCCGACGAAAUGUUUGCAGGUCAGUUUGUUUGAUAAGAUCACUCGAAGUUCCCGUCGAUGAGAAGGAGCAGCUACGUGCGGGGAGGUUGUUGCUGCGGAGCCGUGAGCGCUGACUCACGAGGCGUCGAGAAGGCGUCCAAAGAUGAAGUGCCCAGCUUGUGACCACGUUAUUUUGGAGCUAAAAGCCAAGUUCUGCAGUGCGUGUGGCUGCAUGCUAUCAGUCCAACCUGCUAACACACAAGAUACAACAGAUCAGCCCAAACACUUGGUGGCAGACUCGGAAGGUGCGGCUGACAAAUCUGUGUCUGAAGAAAACGACCCACCUGCGAACAGUACAGAGUCUAAAAAAUCCCCCAAACGACCAAAUGAUGAGAGCAGCGUCAACCCAAAGAAAAAAAAAAGAAACAAGAAGAAGAAAAAGAAAAAAAAGGAUGACAACUUGUCAUCCGACCAAGACCUGUCCCAUGUGUCCCUGGAAGACAACCAGGGGAAGGAGACGGCGAUUGGGAGGGACUCCUCUGACAGCGAAAGCUCCGAUAAUGCGAAGGAUGACACUCCGGAGCCACUGGAGGACGGGCCCUCCUCACUAGAGAGCCAGCCCCGUUCUUUAUCCGCCAACAAUGCCGCUGCACCACCUAAAAACACACCAGGGCUUCAAGGACAAACAUCUGCCGCCGCAGCCGAGGAAAAGCCUGCGAGGCAGCCUGAGGGAGCUCCGUGUAACCCUGACGAGGAAGAGCGCAGUCCACCAAAGUCUACCCCGGACCAGGCAAUCAAAACCGCACCCGCUGACACUCCAGCACCGGUCUCAAAAGACAGCGACGGGGCCGCUUCUCAGUUGGUUUCAGGCAAAGGGACGAAGCCCGCCAACCUUCAAGAUGAGAAGGCAGAGAAGAAAAACCUAAAGAACAAAAAAAACACCGCCGCGGCUAAUCAACCCGCACUGGACCAAAAUGCCAACGUGGAGCCCAAAGCGAAGCCGACGGGACAAAGCAAACCGAAGGAAAAGAGUCAGCAGGACCAGAAGCCCAAGCAGAACCAGGCGGCUGAACCACAGAUGCUCUUUGGUCCUCAAAAGCCCUCAAAGGCCGAGAGCCCCGGAGGCUCCAGCGUGGACCCAGAGGGGACCGCGAAGCACGCGACGGGUCAGCGGGCCGCCAGCGAGGCGGAGUCGACUGCGGCGCCAAGUCCGGGUGCCGACAAAGAAAGCAAAGAAGAAGGCGGCAAGUCCGGCGCCCCGGUUGAUCCGACACCCAAAAGGCUGACCAGGAACAAGACGGUUGCUGCGCGGGACAGACUCACAAUCUACUUCCAUGCAGUUCUGUCAAAGGACUUCAAAUUGGUUCCCAAUGAAGAUCGAAUUUUCAUCAGGGCCGGCCACAUCAUUGGAAACUGGGAGGAUGAUACAUUGGAGCUGUCAGUGACCAGGGAUCUCGGAGAACAUGGUUUUCUGGUUGAGGGCAGCCUGCUGACAAACAAAACAGCUGCUCAGUCCGUGUCAAUACCAUACAAAUAUGUCGUCUACAACCAAAAAAAGAAUCAAUAUCAGUUUGAGUACAUUUACAAACUGGAUUCUUCACAUGAGAACACGAACAGAUGUUUGUUCGUGAAACCCCAUCUUGUCAAUGAGGAUGGGGACUGGCAUCAAUAUGAUGACAUCAUCUGUGCUGAGCCAACAAAUAACAUGCUCAAACGCAUUAAAGAAACAUUCUGGCCUGAGCAAAGGAAGACUCUGGUUGACGGCAGAAAUAUCGCGGGGAAUAUAAUGCUGGAGUCCAUAUUUGAUCUUCUAACGAGCUGGACGGAUACCAACGUGACAAGUUUUCUGAUCCAGCUGAAUCAGUUCUGUCAGGUUUAUGGGGAUCCUUUUGUGUAUGAAGAAAAACAAACCAGAUGGCAAUCUCUAAACUAUGGAGCAGAUGAUGUGAAGACGAUGAUAAAGGAAUUCAUGCUGACGCGGGUGAUUCCUCAGUUGCAGAGGAAUGAAGAAGGGAAGAUGCUCUACAUCAAGGAUCCCGUGAGAGCGGCUGUGAUCAUGCUCUCUGUAUGGUCCAAGCUCAAAUUAAAACUGGAUUACGGGGAGUUCCAUCGGCUCUGCAGUGCGCUUUGUUUACCCAAACUAGAGAAAGAGGAGUUCCUCAAAUACUGGGCCGACCUUUCUCAGAGUGUCGCUACUCUCAAAAAUCUUCCUGACCUAUUGGUCAAUCUGAUAACCAUCGUGAGAACCGAAAAAAUGCCCAGAUGGAUUCUGGUGCUGCCGCUCCUCCACCUCCUCAAAGGCACCUCGAAGCCCUUUGAAGCAGUAACUUCUGGGAGCUCUAACACAUCGCAGUGGGCAGGUCUGCAAGGUCUUAACGUAGCCAGUACCCCGACAUACAUGAACAGUGAAGAAAGGAAGGCAAUGGUGAAUGUGUUCAAAAGCCACAGUUACCUGAUGGAAGUGGACCCACUAUUAGUGCGCUCCUGCUUGUUCUUGAUGCCGUUUGAAGGCCUGAUGGACUGUGUCUCCAACAUCAACCCGGAGCUGUUGGACACGCUGCACGCGUUCACCAACAAGGCUCCCCAAGAAAUAUCUUACUCUAACUUUGAGGCAGUAUCUGCCAUUCUCUCACACAUCCAAGGAAGACUGAUUGAGGAAAAAUACAGUUAUUUUACCGCAGCUUACAGGAGAGAGUGCCUAGUAACAGCAGUGAAGCUGUUACAGAAGCUCUGCAAUGGAGUUAAAUCAGUAUACAGCCAGAAAUACUGUGAUAUUCCUGUAGCUUGUAUAAAUCUGGUUGCAUCAGUGUCAGACUUUGUUCACUGGAACGAGCCGCAGGAGACUCCGGAAGGAGGAAGAGAGCAGCAAUAUGGAAAAGACUCUGUGAUCUCUGAAGCAAAGGACAUCAUGAGAACAUGGAUCAGUUGGUCCUUUAAGGACGCUUUGCUGAAGAGCAGCUUCACCUCCUUGUACCGAGUUGAGGCCACAUCGGAGAUUGAAAUGUGGAGCAACGUCAUUUCCAUCCACUUCAAAGACGAAGAUUGUACAAAAGAAUGGAGACAGACAUUCAUGAUGGAUUUUGAGGGCAAGUACAAACGGGAAUCCGCUGAGAAUCAAAUCGAAUUCUACUGCAAAAAGAUCGAAGAGCUGAGUGAAUCUCAUCCACAUGUUGCUGCUAGUGUCGAGAGAUGUGCUCUCGAGGCUGUUACCUCGUUGUGCCAGACCAAGUCAGAGGGAAAGGUGUUUGAGAAGUUCAAGGUAAACUCGAAGUUUGGGAAACUCAUCUCGGCCAUUAUCCAGAAGUCUUGGCCCAAGGACAAUCAUGGAAAUUAUCGGGAAGAAGAAGAACUGGUCCUUCAGCAUCUCCUGUCCUGGACGGCCGCCAAAGACUACUUUAAACUGCACGGCACAGACGAAAAGCUGAUUGAGAAACUCUCCCAAGACGCCAGGGACAGAAUAGCUAUAGCCAUAUCGUCCUUCUCAGCCAUCGUCAAUCGUCUGGUCCACGGAGACAUUAAGACCAGCCUGCUCAAUAUUGUUCUGGAGAAGAGAAAUGCCUUCUUAGAACUUCUGAAGAUUGACUGCCUCUCUGAGAAUGAACAAUACAGGGAUAAUGCCAAAAUGAAGAGGCUGUUACAGUGCAGAGAGGCUGAAUUGAAAGAUGUCUACCAUGAGAAGGCGCUUUUGGACAUCUUCUUAACAAAGAGCAACGUACUCGGGACAUAUAUGACAGUUGACCUCAGUGGCAUGCAAGAGAAACAACAGGUGAACAUCGAGCUCAUGCCCCUGAACCAGUUCAUGGAGGUUCAUCCAUUCGACCGAAUGGCCUCUUCCCAAACCGGUGUUGUCACAUACUUUGACCUAGAUGAAGACAUCCGAAACAUGGCCGAGGUCCUAUCCACCUUUAAAGAUUGUCACAUAUUCAGUGUGUUUUGGGAAAAUACAGCCAAGCGCAUGGUUGCUACAGAAACUGAAGACGACUACCUUAAUCAAGAUGAAGAAGAAGACGACAUUGUUGCAACUCCGGAAAUGAUUCAUGAUGAUAUUUUCCAGCCUUGCUAUGCCAAGUACAGAGACCUCUACACUUGUCUGAAGGACGGCAGUAUAAGGCUUGAGGAGGUAAACCAGUUCUUCAGAGAUUACAAGGGAAAGUACGAAGAGCUUGCAGAGGAACUGGACAUCAUGCGGAACGUUGAUAAAUCCCCCGACAAACAGUGGAUCCUCACCAGGGUCCAACAGAUCGAGCAGUAUCACGAGCUCCAUCUCGCUGUGGCUUCGGCCGAAAUGAUCACGAAGGUCAAAGAGACGCUCUGUCUUCAAGGGGACUUCCGGGUGUUGGAGACACUCACAGGAGUUAAUCAUGCCGACUUUCAGACCGAGCAGCUCAACAGGAUUGACGAUGACUUGAUGCAGGCAAAGAUGGCCCUCGUGGACAUCACCGAGUCCCGCAGACAGUGCUUACAGGAGCUGGGACUCAGAGGACACUUUGUGAAAUGGGUAAAAGAUGCCCUCGAAGAUAUCAAUGAGUUGAAGGUGUUUGUUGACCUGGCUUCGAUCUCCGCGGGAGAGAAUGACAUGGACGUGGAUCGCGUCGCCUGCUUCCACGACGCAGUCCUUGGCUACUCUUCAAUGCUGUACGAGCUUAAACCAGACUCUGGUUUUCAUGUCUUCAAAGAGGUGGUCAAGAAGCUCUGGAGAGCUUUGGAGAAUGACAGCAACCUACCAAAGAAACUACGUGACAGCGCACGCCAUUUGGAGUGGCUAAAGACUGUGAAGGACAGUCACGGGUCGGUGGAGCUGUCGUCACUCUCUUUAGCAUCAGCCAUCAACAACAAGGGCAUCUACCUGAUCAGUGCUCAAGGUGUAAAAAAGCUGAGUCUCGACACCGCCCUGAAGCUGCAGAUUCCUGAGGAGCACGACGAGGGUCAGCAGAUGCGCUCCUAUUCUCUCGAGGACCUGCGUGAGCUGCAGAACAAACUCAUGCUGAUGUCUGGGAAAGGGGAUCAGGGCCAGAAUGAAGUCGAUCACUUUGCAGAGGUUUUUGCCAGUGUUCAAAGACUGGCUGAAGCAUUCAUUGCCCUCUACACUGCUGGCAACCCUCUGUUCAGACACUGGGAAGCUACGAUCAACUGUAGUUUAAGGAGUGAGGAACCCAGCAUUGUGAUGGACUUCAAUCUGGGCAGUGUUCUCAGUAUUGUUAUAGUGGAAGGCAGCAUAGAGGAGCAACUCCCUGAGUUUUGUAGGAAAAUGGAGAAGUGCCUGCACUAUUGGAUGAACUUUGUGGACAAACAGCGGUCCUUGCAUUAUUAUCUGAACUACUAUACAGCCGAGCAGGUCGUCUACCUCUGCAGCAAGCUGAGUCAGCAAAAUGUCACCAACGUGGAGGACCAAAUUCUCAUGAUGCUCUCCUUUGUUAAGUCAAAUUGCACAGCUUCAGACUUGAGGCAGGUCUGGCAUGAACUCCAGUAUGAGAUCCUCACCAAACCACUUGAGCAAAAUGAAGACAUUGAGUUCCAGACUUUUGUAAUGGUACAGAGUGAGCUGGGGGACCCAGACUUACACAGCGAGUUGGAUCCCCUUCUAAGUCUCGCGGAACAAGCCAAUGGUUCUCAAAAAUUUGAUCUGAUAUGGAAUGCAUAUAUGAAAGACAUGAAGGAUUAUCUUCCGCACAUUCUCGACAUCAGAAGUCUCGGAAGACUGCUGGAGAUCCUCGCCAACAAAAAAGAUGAGAGCGAGGAAGACGUUUCGCCCUAUAACAUUCUGGACUUCGUUAGGAGGCUUCUACCUCAAGGCCUGACCACUGGAAAUCCAAACCUCGUUGUUUGCCCGCACGACGAGGUCUUGACAUCUUGCAUCUCCGUUUACAUGAGUAGCGGACACGAGACACUUCCCACGUAUGAUGAGGUCCUCCUGUGCAACUCCUCGACACCAUAUGAACAGGUGGAACUCUUCCUCAGACGCUGUCUCAGCCCAGGCUACCCGGGACAGAAGAUCUACUGUCUGCUCUUUGGAGAUCUGCUCACUUACGAUGUGAGCUCUAAAGUAGAGAACUUUUUUCAGCGAAUUAAAAUGCAGAGCAGGAAAGACUACAGACUCGUUAUCAUCUGCAGCUCGGAAAGGGAACAUGCCUACCUUCCGUCAGCCUUCAGCCGCUACAGGUUGCACGUAGUUCCCCAGGAACCACUGGCGAGGAUCCAGCAAUACCUCCACAAGCACUACGCUGUGCCAGAAGACCAAUGCAGUGCUGCAGCUGCAUUCAAAGACCGACUGUGCGUUGGCGUCGUAUCAUCCAAAAGAGCUGGUGUUGGUAAAUCUCUCUACAUCAACAGGCUGCAUAGUAAACUCAAGUGCUUAACCGAAAAGCCGUCAAUGAUGAGAUGCAUUCGCUUGGUGGAACCAAAUGUUGAUGAGAAUGUCAUCCUUCAAUCUCUGCUGGACACCCCGAAGAGGAAGGAACUUACAAUGUUCCAUUUUGACGUCACAUCAGUGGUGCAGAAAGGUCUCCACGAGUUUCUUUUCAAAUUGUUGAUUCUGCGCUACUUGAUGGACUCUGAGGGAAAGACUUGGAAGUGCAGUGACGAACAGCUGUAUGUCAUAGAGAUUUUGAAGCCGACCGCCAGGUCAACCAGAAACGCUUCACGCCAGGCUCAAAGUGAGAACACCACAUUCACGGAUGUCUUUCCAAACAUUUUCUGCCGACCCCCCAAAAAGGUGCUAAUGCUUGAGAUGAGGAAGCAAGAAGACCCAAACAUUGUGAGCACUGACGACCCACUGAUGGAUGAUGAAGAGUUCAGGAGUGCAUCCUUUCAGCGACCGUAUCAGUAUCUCACCAGAUUUCAUAACCACAAUGAUCUUGAUGGGUUCAGAUAUCAGGAUGUUGAAGGCUCACAUGUGGAAUGUCUUCAGAUGCUUCUCAUGUACUGCGGAAUGCUGGACCCAUCCUGGGCAGAACUGAGAAAUUUUGCAUGGUUCCUCAACCUUCAGUUGAAAGACUGUGAGACGUCUGUUUUUUGUGAUGCCACUUUUACCGGAGAUACGCUGACUGGAUUCAAAACCUUUGUGGUUGACUUCAUGAUUCUGAUGGCAAAGGACUUUGCGACUCCAUCACUCAGCAUCUCUGACCAGAGUCCUGGCAUACUGCAGACGGACUCGGGUGUCAAAGAUGAAGACCUGGCUCCUUUUCUGAUCAGAAAGAGAUGGGAAACAGAACCACAUCCAUAUAUCUUCUUCAACGACGACCAUGUGUCCAUGACCUUCAUUGGUUUCCACCUUCGGCCCAAUGAACAGAACUCUGUGGAUGCCAUUGAGCCUAAUUCUGGAAGGGUGAUAAAAAAGAAUGUCAUGACACGGGUGUUGUAUGAAGGCCUGCAGCUUCAGAGAGUCCCAUUCAACAUCGACUUUGAUGGACUUCCGAGAGGGGAAAAAAUAGAGAGAAUCUGCAAUGUUCUUGGUAUCCAGUGGCCUCUUGAUCCCGAUGAAACAUAUGAGCUGACAACCGACAACAUACUGAAGAUGCUGGCAAUCCAUAUGCGGUUCAGGUGUGGCAUCCCGGUCAUUAUUAUGGGAGAGACAGGGUGUGGCAAGACGAGGCUCAUCAAAUUUCUUUGCGAGUUGCGGAGGGGUGGAGUCGCCACUGAGAACAUGAAACUGGUCAAGGUGCACGGAGGAACAACUUCGGAGAUGAUUUACACCAAAGUUCGAGAAGCAGAAACUGUUGCUUCUAUUAACAAGCUCGACUACGGAUUUGACUCUGUUCUCUUCUUUGACGAGGCCAACACUACUGAGGCCAUCAGCAGCAUCAAGGAGGUCCUCUGUGACGAGACAGUCAAGGGAGAAAGCCUGACACCCAACUGCGGGUUAAAGGUUAUCGCAGCAUGCAACCCUUACAGGAAGCACACGGAUAAAAUGAUUCGGAGGUUAGAAUCGGCCGGCCUCGGGUACAGAGUUGGUGCUGAAGAAACUGAUGAAAAGCUUGGGUCCAUCCCUCUACGCCAGUUAGUCUAUAGGGUCCAAGCAUUACCACCAAGUAUGAUCCCUCUGGUGUGGGAUUUUGGACAGUUGAACGAUGACACUGAGAAAAUAUACAUCCAGCAGAUUGUGCAGAGAGUGGUUGAACGCAAAGCGAUCGAUCAAAGUUAUAUCAAGUGCAUCACAGAUGUCCUUUCGGCUUCACAGAAGUACAUGCGGACAAGAAAGAAUGAAUGCAGCUUUGUCAGCUUGAGAGACGUCGAGCGCUGCAUGCAGUCUUUCGUUUGGUUCUGCGACAACCACGUCAUGUUGUUUGCAGAGCUUGAAAAAUUUGAGAGCGAUCAAAAAGCUGAGAGGAAUGAAAGGCAGCACAGACAGCCGGACGGCAGAGACCCAGUGCUCUGGUCUCUAGUCAUGGCCAUAGGCGUUUGCUACCAUGCCUGCCUGGAAAAAAAGGAUAAAUACAGACAGAAAAUAAGCACAAGCCUUCCACCAGCAUACACCUCAGCAAAGGUAAUGCAGGAAAUCUCCUUAAUGCAGGAUUUACUUCUAAAUGGUGUCCCAAUGGGGGAUACUAUUGCAAGGAACAGCGCCCUCAAAGAGAAUGUCUUCAUGAUGGUUCUCUGCAUUGAGCUAAGAAUCCCUCUCUUCUUAGUUGGAAAACCUGGAAGUUCCAAAUCUCUCUCCAAAACUCUGGUGGCAGAUGCAAUGCAGGGCCAAGCCGCUCAUUCUGAUCUCUUCAAAAAGCUCAAACAAAUCCACUUGGUGUCCUUCCAGUGUAGCCCUCACUCAACACCAGAAGGCAUCAUUAAUACAUUCAAGCAAUGCGGUCGCUUUCAGGAAGGCAAGAACCUCGACGAGUACAUUUCAGUAGUGGUUCUCGAUGAGAUCGGGCUGGCUGAGGACUCUCCAAAGAUGCCACUGAAAACCCUCCAUCCACUGCUAGAAGAGGGAUGCAUUGACGAUGAGCCACAGCCCCACAAAAAGGUCGGAUUCAUUGGCAUCUCCAACUGGGCUUUAGACCCUGCAAAGAUGAACAGAGGCAUUUUUGUCUCCCGCGGUGACCCUGAUGAGAAGGAACUUGUCGAGAGUGCUAAAGGCAUAUGCAAUUCUGAUGCAAUGGUUUUGGAGAAGGUCAGAGAUACCUUCAAACCCUUUGCAAAAGCCUACAUGCACAUCUGCCACGAAGGAGGCAAAGGCUUUUUUGGUCUACGGGACUAUUACAGCUUGAUUAAGAUGAUUUUUGCUGUGGCCAAGGCUUUUCAAAGGAAGCCCACUGGCGAAGAAAUUGUGAAGGCGGUGUUGAGAAAUUUCAGUGGAAGAGAUGACGUGGAUGCGGUUUCCGUCUUCACCAAAAGUCUGAACACUUCUCCCAACGUGCGGAGCAUCAGCGCCGUUGAGUUUGUGAGAGAAAACAUUCAGGCAGUCGGCCAAGAAGAAGAAUGCCGGUACCUGCUGGUGCUGACCAAAAACUAUGCAGCCCUGCAGAUCCUGCAGCAAACGUUCUUUUCUGACAGCGGUCAGCCAGAAAUCAUCUUUGGAUCCAGUUUCCCGAAAGACCAAGAGUACACCCAAAUCUGCCGCAACAUCAACAGAGUAAAGAUCUGCAUGGAGACCGGGCAAACCGUGGUCCUCCUCAAUUUGCAGAACCUCUAUGAAAGUCUCUACGAUGCCCUCAACCAGUACUACGUCUGCUUGGGAGGACAGAAAUAUGUGGACCUCGGACUGGGAACCCAUCGAGUAAAAUGCCGGGUGCACAGAGACUUCCGGCUAAUCGUUAUUGAGGAAAGAGAGGUGGUCUACAAACAGUUCCCCAUACCUCUCAUCAACAGGCUGGAGAAACACUACCUGGACAUCCAAACUGUCCUGAAAACUGAGCAGAAGGAGAUGGUGGACCAUUUGGAGAAGUGGCUGAGACUUUUUGUGUCCCUCAGCAGUCAUCACGCAGCUGUAGCUUACAAGUACCAACCGCCGGACGUCUUCAUCGGCUACCACUCGGACACAUGUGCGUCCGUGGUGCUACAAGUGAUUGAGAAGCAGAAGGACAGCGCGGAGGUCUCCGAUCCAGAGAGGAGAAUACUGGAUGAGGCCAAGCUCAUACUGCUCCGAUGCGCCACACCAGACUCUGUUGUGCGGUUGGACUGCACAGGCCUUCCCAAAGUGGAGAGUGAAAAUCUGGCCAGGGUCUACUUCAAGGAGCAGAACAACAGCUGUUUAGCUGACUUCAUCAUUGCUCACACGAUGCAGGAAGUCCACUGCUACUCCUCCUUCACAGAGGUGACGACAUUCUCAAGACUUCUGACAGCAUCUGACCUGGAACCACUGGAACAACUGUUGCACAGCGUUGAGCUUCUCUCACUGCAGCAGUUUGACACCGAGCACUCCUACCUGAAAAAGAUCAGGAACUUCCUCACUGCCAAAAAGGGAAUAAGUAACACCAAACCCUGCAACAAGAUCCUCCUCAUUCAGUGUGAUUUUGAUGAAGCCUCUCACAGUGCCAAUCUCAUCGCAUCUGCAAAGUAUUCAUCCAUAAAUGAAAUCAACAAGUUAACUCAGGAGAGCAUGGGAAGCAGGGUGUUUGUCUACUUCAUCACCCGGCUGCCAAGAGUGGAAGGAGGGACCUCCUAUGUCGGCUUCCAUGGAGGCCCUUGGAGAUCAGUUCACAUCGAUGACCUCAGGAGGUCAAAAGACAUCGUUUCAGACAUCAAAGCCUUGCAGAACAUGACAAUCAGUCAAAUGUUUGAAACAAAGAAGGAUGAGCCAGAAGCCAUGGAGCUUGAUGACAUGUACACCGAGAAUGAGCAGGAGGAAGCAGAGUCAAAGGAAAAUGGCUGCUGUGACAUUGUGGACACCACAGCGCUGGUGCGGAGCUGCGUGCAGAGCGCCGUGGGCCUGCUGAGGGACCAGGUGGAAAGUGGCCUUCGCAGCACUCAGAGAGUUGAGAUACUGCUGACACUCCUCAGUGACAAUGAUGAAGUCAAAGGUGAAUUUCUGCAAACUGUGAAACGGCAUCUUCAUUUGUUGCUGGCAACUCGUGAGAGCAAAGCCUUCUCGUCCACCAAGAACAACUGGGUCAUUAAGGAGGCCUCAAACAUUGAUGCCUUGCAAGAAGGAGGCACCUUCAGGCACACCUUAUGGAAGCGCGUUCGAGCCGCGGUCGUCCCGCUCUUGGCGCAACUGCUCUCAGUCAUCGACCGGGACCAAAACUUGGACCUGCUGCUCGAUGGAAACUGUGGUGAAUUUGUCAAGAGGCUUUGGUUAGAUAUCUUUGGCAAUGAGAAGCUCCUGGACAUUCCACACCUAACGCUGGACCAAAACUCCGAGACGAGAACAAUCCUUGUGCAGAACUACAUUGCUCAAGACAGGAACGUGACCUGCAGCAUGCCCUUCAGCUGGAGGAUCAAAGACUACCUGGAGGAGCUCUGGGUGCAUGCGUUCCAACACGAAGGUCACACCCAAGGAGAGUUUGAUGAGUUAUUUUGGAAGACACCACUGGGACGAUACAUUACGAAGGCAGACGAAGAGACGCAGAGAGAGUUUUUCCAACGCUACCUCCAGGAUUUCAUCGCCAUGACAAUGAACGUGACCUGUCCAGAAGAUCUGCAGCUCCUGUGUGGUGCCCUGAACUGUUGCGUCAGUGAGCUGCGAUUGCAGCUCGAUGCAGCGGAUACAGCAUUGUCUCUUCCAUGGGUCCAUGCUGCGUAUCACAAGUUCAAGAACCGGCUGCAGAACCUCUCCAGAAUGAUCUGCAUUGAGCCCCAGGUGACCCAGGACCUCAUUAGCAACCAUCAUACUAGAGGCGGGGUGGAACUGGUCCUCGAUACGUAUGCUGCUUUUGCAUGUGUGGAGUAUCUGGAGCCUCGACUCCUGGACACAAAUGUCCAAAGACAAGCCUGGCUCAGACAGGUCAAAAAACUCCAGGUUCCCAUCGAGUUGAUCUGCUCAGAGGACAGCGUGAGACACUACGGAGAGAGGAGCAAGGUGAUCGCCCGUAGAGUCCAGGCUGGAUGGAAUCGCAUAUUCACUCUCUCUCUUUUUGUGGAACACAUGUUGUUGGACAUUGAGCACGUGGAAGAGAAGCUGGCGCCUUUAGUUUUGAAGCACACAAAACUGCUUUGCCAGUUACUGGAAAAAAAUUCAGAUCUCAAAACUAAGGAGUCAUUUGAGGAAGUAAUUGGUUUGCUCAAAACCUGCAAAGACGCAGCCAUCGAGUGCAUCUUCAGGUUUGGUCUCCCGAUUUGCUCAGUGUGUAUGGGAGACCCCCAAAAUCCGCUCUGCCUGCCGUGUGAACACGUCUACUGUGUAGCCUGCAUCAAACAAUGGUUGGUUCCUGGUCAGAUGUUCUGUCCGCUCUGCAUCCACCCAAUUGACGAAGACUUCCUCAUGGUCCCUUCAGAUACCAUAAGGAUUCACAUCCAACAACACGCUCAGUUCAGGAAGCAGUGCAAUGCUUUCUUCAUUGACCUGGUGUCCACUGUGUGCUUCAAGGACAACUCUCCCCCUUGUUCAGCCGUCAUUCUCCAUCUGCUGUCCUUCCUCAUGGUGGAGGCCAACACUGUUCCCAUUCUGAGAGGUAAGCGACACAUUCUGACAAAGGUGCUCUCCCCGUUUGAUGACUCUGUGGAUAAAAAUCCAGUGGUUCGGUCAGUCGUGCUCAAACUCCUGCUGAAGUACAGCUUCGAUGAAGUCAAAGAUUACCUACAGCAGCAUCUGGUGGCAGUUGAGCAGAGCAACAUCUUGGAGCAAACGGACAAAACCGAGCUCUACUCUUUGUACAUGAACUGCCUGGAGGAUUCAAUGUUUGAAAGGUUGCACUUCAGGUCCAUUGCAGACCGGCGGAUGUGUCUGCAGGCGGAAAGAGACUUUCUGACAGACUUCCUGCAGUCACAUGGUCGGUGCGCAGAAACAGCCACUGUGGAGUAUCUGCAGCAGCUCGCCAGAGUGCGCAUGGACCUGGAUAUGGCUGCGGGCCUAAUCACAGAAAAACAUGGAGCCACAGCAGAGUCGCAAGAGCCUGACCAAAGCGGAACCACGGCCUUCCUGACCAGCGCGAUAAACCUGUGUAGGCGAAGCGGAAAUGACUGGUAUCGCGUCUACUUGAUCCGUAAGAUCUGCAGCCAGCAUGGAGUGGAGUUUGUCCUGACACUCCUCAAAGUGGCCGAAAUGCGCUGGCUCUUUCCCGAGGAAGUGCUGCAAAAGGGUGAGGAAGUCACUCCAACAGACCAGUACCUUGUGUGUGGGGAAGACUACAAGACCAUCAGGAAUGCGGUUGCAAAGGGAGUCAUGGAGGGAAAAGUGACCGGACUGGACGAGGCUUGCGAGGGGUGCCGGAAGUCACCACAAUGGACUGCAGUAUAUCUGCUGUUGGCUCUGUACAGAGAAGUCACCACUCUCUACAGAGACGACAAUGUCGCCUUCCAUCCCAAGCCGGAGCAAUUAGAAGCCUUUACAACCUACAUCCAGAACUCCAGAGUUCUUGCCAGCCCACGGAUGAAGGCCUUUGCCAGCGCUUUGGUGACCAACCAACUGAGAUCCUUAGUUGUAUGUCCCGGGGCCACUGGGACCCAAUCUGUGCUGGUGGACUUAUCCAUUCACCUGGCUGCUGUCUUGCUCUGCGGGAACGAGCAGAUCUUGGCUCCCCUGCAGAAUCUUUCAAUGCAACCUGCCGACAUGCAGGCGGCCUUCUUGCCUACCAUGCCGGAGGACAUGUUGGAAGUGGCUCGGCAAGCUAUGGGGCCGUUGCAGUGGUACUACUGUCCGAAUGGUCACCCCUGCACCAUCGGAGAGUGCGGGCAGCCCAUGGAAAAAAGUUUUUGUUUGGACUGUCGUGUUGAAAUCGGAGGAAUAGACCACAGGCCUGUGACGGGAUUUCAAAUUGGGCAGCUGCCGGGAGACCGCACUCAGACAGGCCACGUCCUGGGCGACCCGGGUCGCAGGGACAAUCCAGACAUGCUGGACACAAAGAGCAUCUCGCUCGUUCCCUUCACCGUGGUCCGCAUGCUCACUCACAUGGCCAUGCUGUUGGGUACCUGCGGUCAACCAGAGGCUAUCUCUGCCAUCAUCAGGCCUCAAGUCACCGACCCAAGUGCAUUUCUACUUGCUCACCUGCGCAAGGACAUGGAACAUCUGAUCAGAUCCCUGGGUAAGGGGACAGACGACACAGUCACCGCCGUUCACCUGCUCAUCAGCAGCCUCAUGGAACCCAGACAGCAUCCAACGUGGCCCGUUCCUUAUAACAAUGGGCUCUCCACCAAGGAGGCUAGAAAUGGAUGGGAGAUGGAAGUCAGCACCGCCAUCAUCACACCCCAGCUGAAGCACUUGGAUAGACGGCUGAAGGAAGUGAACGCAUUCAUCCGGACGGACUCUCGCAUCUCAGCCAACCCAAUCAUGAAGCUGAUGUUUGGCGAUCCUCUUCUCUUCUUGGCCUCACUGCCCCAGAAUUCUCUGAUCCACGGUUCUGCCGUGUGGUGCUGCAGGGAAAAGGUCUCCCUGCUGAGCCUCACCCACAUUGUAGAGCAGAAUGAUGGCAAAGACACCGUGCCGGUGCUCUGGAGAUUUCUGCAUAGGGAAGCAGAGGUCCGAGCAGUGAAGCACCUGCCUGAUAUCCUCACACUCCAGAGAGACCUGGUCAAGAAGUUUCAAAACAUCACUGAGCUGACUUGUACCACCAUUGCCGAAUUCCUCCAGGAUCAGAAAGCAGCGUCACUGAAAGCCAGGUAUGAAAAAUACAUCCAAAUCUUCCUGACAACGUGGAAUCAGCUCCGAGUGUCUUUGGCCACAAACGGUGAAAUCCAGCUCCCAGCUGAGUUCUGCCAAAAGGACCUGGACCACAGCAGCGACUUAAAGGUGCUGUUACCACGGCGACAGGGCCCAGGCCUGUGCUCCACGGCACUGGUCAGCUACCUCAUCGCACUGCACAAUGACCUGGUCUACUGUGUGGAUAAGCACACCGGAGAAGAGACCAGCUACAAAGUGAGCCCCGCAGAUCUGACCGACCUGCACGUGAUCCGGUACGAGCUGGAGAGGGACCUGAUGCCGCUGGUUCUGUCCAACACCCAGUACAGCAUUGAGAGCGGCCAGGAGACUCUUCAUGAGUACGACUUGCCCAAGAUCCAGCAACAGAUCGUGUCCCGCUUCUUACAGGGAAAACCUCUCAUCACUCUCAAUGGCAUCCCUACACUAGUGAACCGACAUGACCGCGACUAUGAGAUUAUCCUGAAGGAUGUAAAAGCAAAAGUCCAGCAAGAGCCGCUUCAGACUCUCACCCUGGCUGCCGUUGCCGGUGAGCUGCACUCCUACAGUGAGGUGUGUGAGGCCUUGUCCACGCUGGAAGUGGCCCUUGGUUUUCUCGCCAUGACCGGGGGAGAGCCUCACAUGCAGCUGUCCUGCUACCUGGAGGAGGUGCUGCAGAUGGGAAACCAGAUGGCUGCGCACAUCCUCAAGACGCUGAGCAUUUGCUGUCUAAAGCAUUGCGUGGCUCUGUGGCAGCUGCUGGCUUCACUCAAAUCAGAAAAAAUGCUGCGGCUGAAGGGGGAUCCAUUCGUGGAAGUCUCAGAGACGUACAAAGUGGCCCUGGGUGAGGACGAGCACCGGCUGCUGACCGGCUUCUUUUCUAAGAGCAGCGGCGACAAUUUCCUGCUCGAGAUGCACGAGUUCCUGCUGCUGGUCCUUAAAAAGCCCAAUGCACCGGACACCUACAAGCCUGACUGGAGCCUGAAAAUCACACUGGUGUCUUACAUGGAGCGCAAAGACCUGGACCCCCCCCCUGAUGUGGAGGAGCUCUUCCCAGAGGAGAUCUGCCUCUCCCAGUACAUUGAAGCCUGGAAGUUCAUUAUGGCCUUCAAGCAGGAGCGCGGCCAGAGAUAAUGGGGACCACAGGAGCGGCUUGUCUACUUUCUUAAACUUUGCGUCAUUAAGUCUCUCUGAAGAAGUUUACAAUCAUGGCGAAUCUAGAAUAUUUAAGCUGCAUGGAAGUGUGGUAUGUUUAUGUAGAGGAGAUAUGCCUUUUCAGGAGCACGAAUAUUGAGCUUCAUAGUGCCAUAAAAAAAAAAGAGUAUGUUGAGUUUUUGCAUUUUUCCUUUUGCAUCAUCGCUCCUGUUUUUGUUUUUGUUUUAUUUUCGUCAGCAUCAACAUGCAGAGAGUUUCCAUACAACUGAAAAUCUCCUGUCAUGCACUUUACUCGGAAUGUGAAUUUGUCUGUCCUGAAAAAAAAGAGGCAGAAGAGACAAUCUGAAUGCUACUCAGGUACAAUAAGUGGAUACCUUCCUCAAAGCCACUUGUCAUUUCCAUUCCUCUGUGUUGCUGUUAUGUGUCUUAUGUAUGUUAAAACUGCACUUGCCUUUCAGGAGUAACUUCUGCACUUGCCAUUCAACUUUUUUAAAUUUGCUUAAAAGAAAUCUAGUAUAUAUAUAUAAAAAAAAACUUUUUCUUAAAGUUUAAUUCCAGUUUCGAUUUCAGUUAAUGUUCAAUAUAUUUACAUUUAUGUGACAAUACGUACUGUCUACAAUAAAGCGUGCAUGUCACGG